CUAAUUGACAUCUGCUCUUCCGCUUUCGUCUUCCUCUUCUUCUUCUUCCUCUUCCUAUAUGACCGCUCAGCCUCCAUUUUCACGCUCCCCGAGCUUCAACUGCGGUGAGAGGGAGAAUCUCUGUCUUAUGCUGUGUGGAGCUGAUUAUCGAUGGGGAACCUCCGCCGCAGGGGAAGCACCGACGCGUUUACGGAGAUUUACAGGAGAGAAACCGGUCCAUCCCACCCGGGACGCUUCGCUCACCGUCUCUCUGCUGCUGAGGAGCGUUUUCCUCAUGUACCUUUCUUAUGGUCAGGUUCUUGUAGAGCGGUUAGCUCUUCAUGCGAGAUUGAACGGACAUGAAGAAUGUGUGAACACAAUAGAAUUUAAUUCUGCAGGAGACAUUCUGGUCUCAGGGUCUGAUGAUGGAAAGAUUGUCUUCUGGAAUUGGUUGGCCAAGAUGAAAAAGUUCUCAUAUAAUUCUGGGCACCUGGAAAACGUAUUCCAGGCUAAAAUCAUGCCUUUUUCCAAUGACCGAGCGAUAGUAACAUCUAGUGCAGAUGGGGAGGUGAGACUCGGUCAGGUUCUGGAGGGUGGCCAUGUUGAUACCAGGUGUUUGGGAAAUCAUGUUGGUGCAGUACACAAGCUCGAUGUAGAGCCAGGAAGCCCUUAUAUAUUUUACAGCUGUGGUGAAGAUGGUUUUGUCCGACGUUUUGAUCUUCGAAGUAAUUCUGCUACGACGCUUUUCAGUUGCUCCUCCUUGUAUGAGAAUGCCAGGCAUCGCGAAGAUGUUGUCAUGUUGAAUGCCAUUGUUAUCGAUACUAGAAAUCCAUAUUACUUUGCCCUUGGUGGGUCGGAUGAAUUUGCUCGUCUGUAUGACAUCAGAAGGUGCAAAAGAAGCGCAUCAACUAAUGUAGAUAAGCCGGUGGAUUUGUUCUGUCCCCCUCACCUAGUUGAUAUUGAUAACAUACAAAUAACAGGAUUGGCUUUCUCCAAAUCAAGUGAAUUACUUGUUUCCUACAAUGACGAGCUAAUCUAUCUGUUUCAGAAGAACAUGGGACUUGGUCCUUCACCCCCAUCAGUCCCACCAGAGAUUGAGCAACAAGAAGAGCCGCAAGUUUACAGAGGCCACAGAAAUUCCCGCACUAUUAAAGGAGUCAGCUUCUUUGGCCCUCAUGAUGAAUAUGUUGCGAGUGGAUCAGACUCUGGCCAUGUGUUUAUUUGGAAGAAGAGAGGAGGGAAACUUGUUCGUCUGAUGGUCGGUGAUCGGCAUGUUGUAAACCAAGUUGAGCCUCACCCUCAUAUGCCCUUCCUUGCAACUUGUGGAAUAGACGAUACAGUGAAGGUGUGGGUUCCUAGUGAAAUUGAUGACUGCCCACUGCCCAAAAAUCUGAAUGAGAUAAUGGAUACUAACAAGUACGGAAGAGAGGACCACUUCCGGAUGACUCUGAGCCCCGACGUGGCUAUGCACAUACUGCGAUUACAGGAGCGGCAAAGCAGGGCAUUCACGGAGAGGCGAGUGGAGAGAGCUGAUGUGGACUUUGAAGAGGAAGACGUGGAGGCUUAUGCCUUGGGGCUUUUAAAUGAUGACCCGACUGGGGAUGGGGGAAGUACAGCAACAGGAGGGCAGAACAAUUGUUGCAUUUGCUAGGCGCACUGUAAAUUCGAAUUCUGCAAUUUUUUGAUACUUUUGCUUGUACAUUUGCAGAUGUUGAUGAUCUGCUGUUACAUUUCAAUAUGAUGGAUAUAUAUAUAUAUAUAUAUAUGUAUAUGUAUAUAGUUGACUUACAAAGUUUGUGGCUUUUAUGGAAUUUGCUUUGAACCGAUUUUGUCU